UCUUUAAAACGUAUAAAACAAUCUUUAAACUGUAUCUCUUAAAAUGUAAAUCUGAGGUAGUUUCAUUAGGUAGGUGUGGACAAUGAUAAGCUACAUUAAAAUAACUACCUUGAAAGCUGAGAACACUUUGGGGAGGAGCUUCUGUGAACGAUAUAAAAAGUCAGAAGCAGAAGUACAGAGCACAUUAUUGUUCUGUCUGCUGUAAUGACAGCUGUGAAUGUUGUCAAACUAAAGUUUUGAACGAUCCAUUGAUACUUGAAAAGACAAGGCGUUUACUGAACAUCGAAGAUGUCCUACAAUAAACGAGGGCACCAAAUGAGUCAAUACUCGUGGAAUGAUCAAAAAAGAUUUUGCAAAGAAUACAGUGGUUUGGUGAAUCAAGGGGCAACUUGCUACUUGAACGCAGUCCUGCAGACCCUCUACAUGACACCGGAAUACAGAGAAGGUGUAAUGAGAAUGGAGAGAAGAGACAAUUCCUAUGAUGGUGCUUUGAUUGAAGGGUUGAAGAAGCUGUUUCAUGAUUUAGACCAAAAGCAAGGCCACAUCUCUACACACAGAAUCACCUCGAGCCUUGGCAUUGAUGUUUAUAAACAACAAGAUGCAGCAGAAUAUCUAAAUAUGAUUCUUAACGAGACUCCUGAAGCUUCUGAGAUUUUUAUGGGCACUAUGAAGACAACGAGAACAUGGAAGUGUUGCAAUAAAGAAACCUCAUCAUCACAAACCAAAUUCUCUUUAAUGCACAUCCCUUUUGAAGAUUCACAGGAUGUGGAGGACGCUUUAAAAGAAUAUAUGAAACCUCGUGAACAAAGUAACCUCUUCUGUGGUGAUUGUAAAAACAUGUCAAAAAUGACAACUGCAAGUAUCUUUUUUUUUUUAUUAAAGUAAUAUCAUCCUACAGCAGAGUAUAGCUUUUACUGAGAUUUGUAAAUGCCUAAGCAGAAGUAACUCUGAACUACUUUUUUCUCAUCAGAAUCGUGAGAUUAUCUCCUUUCCAAAAAGACUGAUUGUGCAGUUACAGAGGAGAUGUGAUAUGACAAGCAGCACAGAUGAGUUGAAUGUGAAGAUUCGUCCACACAUUGAGGUUUCCUCCCGGAAAUAUGAGCUGUAUGCUAUAGUAAACCGUUAUGGCAGCUUUAACUCUGGACACUAUAAUGCAGAGAUCAAAUGUGAAGAUCAACACUGGUAUCUUUUUGAUGACAGCAGUGUAUCAGAGACUGAAUUCAAGUUUCAACAAAGUCUCGAAUUCAGUUUUCGAAAUGCCUCUCUACUUAUGUACAAACACAGUGGCAGUGAAAUGGAGGAGACUGAAAAAUGUGAAAGAAGUGAGCAUGAGACUUUAAUGCCAAUCAAGCCAUUAACCAGUGGAGUUGCCACUCAACAGAGCUUCAAACCUGACAGACCUUCCAGAGCGGGUUCAGUAAACACACAGCAGAAUGAACGCUCAGAUAGGUCCGCUAGGUUGAAACUGGCACUAAAGAGAGAAUAUCAAAAGGAACAUGAAGAAUUGCACAUCAGACAAAGCAGUGAUGCCGGCACAGAUUUCUUGUUUACUGAAGGAAGCACUGAUGGAAGACUGAUCAGAUACAAUGACAUCUUUAAAAGCAGUAUCAGAACUGUGCUGACAAAGGCAGAAUCUGACACCGGGAAAAUCCCCUCUGUGGUGAAGUUCAUACUGGACUGGGCUGAUGAAAAAGCAAAUCAAGAAAUAAAAUAUAUCUUUCCAAUACACUUCCAGAAACUGAAUAUAUUUGUAGAAAUAGAGCAUGGGAUCAGUUUAAUUGAGCUUGUUCAAAACUGCUGUGAAUGUAGUGAAAAUUUGAUACUGAAUGACUCUGACAAGAUCUUGUUAAUAUUGUAUGGUUUACAUGAAGCAAAGUUUCCACUGGAUUUCGAGAACUGCACAAAGAUGAAUUAUUUUGAUCAGUCAGCUUCAGUUAAUGAUCUGCUUACAAACCUCAUUGAAGGAACAGUGUUUCCAAAUGUUCUCAUCUGGAUAACCUCUCACCCAACAGCAGCCAACAAAAUCCCUUCUGAGUAUGUUGAUCUUGUGACAAGGGUCUGUGAUUUUAACCAGAGUACAAGUGGUGAUCAGAGCAACAGCUGCACAACUACACAAGAAAACACAUCAGUAAAUACACUGAGUCCCUCUGCCAAAGUCCACGAAGGAGAAAGUGUUGCUGAUGAACAACAGAAGCCAGAAGAAACUAAAAUAUUGAAAUCUUGCUCCUUUCGAGAAGGUUCAGCUCUACAACCAAAACCGUCUCAUCUGAGAGAGCUGGACCUGAGUGAGAAUCGCCUUGGAGGAUCAGGAAUAAAGCUGCUUUCAGAGCUACUGGAGGAUCCUCAGUGUAAAGUGGAGAAACUCUUGUUGAAAUCUUGUGGCAUUAGAGAAGAAGAUUGUGCUGCUCUGUGUUCAGCUCUAAAGCCAAACUUGUCUCAUCUGAGAGAGCUGGACCUGAGUAAGAAUCCCCUUGGAGGAUCAGGAAUAAAGCAGCUUUCAGAGCUACUGGAACAUCCACAGUGUAAACUGGAGAAACUCUUGUUGAAAUCUUGCAGCAUUAGAGAAGAAGGUUGUGCUGUUCUGACUUCAGCUCUAAAGCCAAACCUGUCUCAUCUGAGAGAGCUGGACCUGAGUGAGAACCGCUUUGAAGAUUUGGGAAUAAAUCUGCUUUCAGAGCUACUGGUAGAUCCUCAGUGUAAACUGGAGAAACUCUCGUUGCAAUUUUGCUACAUUGGAGAAGAAGGUUGUGAUAAAUUGAGUUCAGCUCUGAGAUCAAACCUGUCUCAUCUGAGAGAGCUGGACCUGACUGGGAAUCGCUUUGGAGGAUCAGGAAUGAAGCUGCUUUCAGAUCUACUGAAACAUCCUCAGUGUAAACUGGAGAAACUCUCGUUGAAGUCUUGCCGUAUUACAGAGGAGGGCUGUGCUGCUCUGGCUUCAACCACCUCAUUUAAGACAAAAAGCUGUAUGAAUAGAAAGGACACAUUAAAUUAUAUGAGUGCGUAUUUUCAAGAAAAACUUAAACUGUAACUCAUUUAAGCCUUCAGUCAACUAAAAUUACCAAAGUCUCUACCACUCAAUUUCUAUCUUUAAGUAAAUAUUUAACAACUGCUGCACAUCUUUAGGAACCAUUUCUGGCAACUUAAGGGUAAAUCCCAUUAUUACCUGACUCUUUGCAUAGGUUCCUAUAUUGUUGCUUUAUAGACACAAAGAAAGUGCUUAUACUGGUUUCUGAAGCUGCUGUAUCAUCUUUACAUUUAAAAUGGCACAAUAUGUUAUUUUCGAAGAUUGGUCAAUUCUAUUCUAAUUCCAGUGACAUCUCUAAAGAAAAUCUGGGUAUUAAUCAGAUAAAUUAGGGUUAGAAAUGCAAAUUACAUCUUUAUCAUUGAUUUUACAUUUAAAUGUAAAAUAAAUAUUUGUAAAUAUUAGACUUUUCUGAGUAUUAAAAUUAUGAUCAGUGUCCAUAAGAACAUUUCAUGCAGUUCAACAGUUCUGUUUCCAACAAGGGAUAUUUUAAUAUAUUCCCAUUUAAUUUUCAUCUAAUGUACUUUGUGAAUUUAUUGGAUUAGUAUCAUUUGAAGUAUAUCACAGUGAUUGGUAAAAAAAAAAAAAGAAGAAGAAAAGAAAAGACAAAUUUACAUUUUUCUAAUUGUGCCAAGCUCUAAAAUACUUUAUGGUGGAAAUUGUGAG